AUGACCGAGUUCUUGCCUCAUCAGGUUCGCUUCACAAGUCAUCUUCAUCGACUCCUCAAGAAAGAUACUCCGCCUUGGUCCUCUGUUCAUACCCAGGCAGUCAAGUCUUUGAAGGCUCUAGCCCAGUCACUACCCACUCUGCAAAUCCCCUCUACAAGUCUUCGCAUCCGACAGUCCGAUGCUAGUGAUACCCAAUGGGGUGCGGUUUUACUUGAAGAAUUCCCAGACAAGACACGUCGUGUAUGUGGAUACCGUAGUGGAAUGUUCAAGCCUUCUGAACAGCACUAUCACUCUACAUUCAAAGAGAUUCUUGCAGUUCAUCGUGGUAUUGAGAAAUUCCAAUUCUUUCUCAUUGGACACACAUUCCAACUUGAAAUGGACAUGACAGCUUUUCCGAGGAUGUUACAGUUCAAGCAGAAGCAACUCCCUGAAUCUCAGUUGCUACGAUGGGCUCAAUGA